GUGAGUGAGAGUAAAUAUAGAGCAGUAUAAGAUGCAAAAUAGUUUAAAGCAGACAGUGGUGUCAGAGUUGGGUGUAAACUGUUGCACUACCAGCUCUGGUAAAAAGCCUUUCAGUUGCCAGUUCUGUGGUAAACGGUUUCUCUACAAGCAGUCGUUUAAGAAUUAUCUGAGGACCCACACUGAGGAGAAACCGUUUGAAUGUGAUUAUUGCGGUAAAAGAUUUAGCAAGCGAGGAAUUCUUUUACAGCACAUGAGAGUUCACACUGGAGAGAAACCUUAUGGUUGCAAUCAGUGUGGUAGAAGAUUCAGCGAUCAGGGAAAUUUUUCAAAACACAUAAAAGUCCACACAGGAGAGAAACCAUUUAGCUGUGAUGAUUGUGGCAAACGGUUUACCCGAAACUCACUUCUCACAGUUCACAGGAGAGUCCACACUGGAGAGAAACUGUUCAGCUGUGAUGACUGUGGCAAAGGUUUCAGUGAGCAUGGAAACCUUAAAAAACACAUGAAAGUCCACACAGGAGAGAAACCUUUCAGCUGUAAGGAAUGUGGUCAGCGAUUUGCCCAGAGCACACUUCUAAAGACUCACAUGAGAGUCCACACAGGAGAGAAGCCUUUUAGCUGUGCUGAUUGUGGUAAGCAAUUUAGCGAGCAGGGGAAUCUUUCAAAACACAGAUUAGUUCACACUGGGGAGAAGCCGUACAGCUGUGACAGCUGUGGCAAAAGAUUUAAUCAGAUGAUGCAUCUUAAGGGACACAUGAAAGUCCACAGCAAUGAAAAUCUGUUUCCCUGUUGA